CGGCCCCUCGCCCCCGGCCCCGGCCGCGGCGAGUCCCGCCCGGGGAGGCGGUGGCGGGGGAAGGGGGAGGAGAGGCGGUGGAGCGCGGUGCCUCCCGAAGAAUCAGACGUGCAGAGAAGGGAGGGAAGGACGGGCCGGGGUGGUGCGGGGAGGGUCCCGGUGCCGGUCCCGCCCGCGUCGCCUCCGCUCCGGGACCGCGGCGAGAGUCGCUUGGGGCGGCCGCCACACGCCGGCUCCGCAGCCGGGCCCCGCGCCCAUGUGCUGCCGGCACCCGCGGCGGCAGCCCCAGCGCCCGGCGUGCGAGGACCUUUGUCUUCAUGAUGGGAGGAAACAUCCCCCUGGCUUUUAGGAUCCGAGCUUCUCCUGUUGUGAGGAUUUGCCAAGGCUGAGAGACUCUGGAUUAUCCCUAACGUUCUAAAAUACAGAGGGGCUUUCUGUCUCUCCAUUGCGAGGGGCUUGGUGCAGACGUGAAGAUGGCCUCCAGCCUCACCUGUGCCGGCGUGGUCUGGGCCUUCCUCUCCUUCCUCUGCGCAGCGGCAUCCUGUGUGGGCUUCUUCAUGCCCUACUGGCUCUUGGGGUCUCAGCUGGAGAAGUCGGUUUCCUUUGGCACUUUCCGGAGGUGCUCCUACCCGGUGAGGGAUGAGAGCCGCCAAACGACCAUCAUGGUGGAGCAGUGCGGCCGCUACGCCUCCUUCCAGGCCAUCCCCAGCACCGAGUGGCGGAUCUGCACGGUGGUGACGGGCCUGGGCUGCGGGCUGCUGCUCCUGGUGGCCCUGACGGCCCUCAUGGGCUGCUGCGUGUCUGAGCUCAUCUCCAGGACCGUGGGCAGGGUGGCAGGAGGCAUCCAGUUCCUGGGAGGUCUGUUGAUUGGCUCUGGUUGUGCUCUCUAUCCUCUUGGAUGGGACAGUGAAGAAGUCAGACAAACCUGUGGCAACCUUUCCAACCAGUUUGAAUUGGGAACCUGUGAAAUCGGCUGGGCUUACUACUGCACAGGUGGGGGUGCGGCAGCAGCCAUGCUGGUGUGCACCUGGCUGGCCUGCUUCUCAGGCAAGAAGCAGAAGCAGUAUCCCUACUGAGCAGCCCCGGGUGCGGGCAGCCGCCAGAAGCACAAGGGGCCUGCAGGUGUCUUCUGGACCACAGUGACAACAAAAAGGAAAAUUUUAAGUGCUUUCAUUCUGAAACUCAGUAGGAUGGGCUGGUGGGUGGCACUGGGAGCCCUGGGGAAGGAGGUGAACCAUGGACCAAAGCCACUCCACCAGGCAGGCUGGGGAAGGACCUCCUCACCAGAACCUGCCUGUGGCCCACCCCACAGAAAUAUAACCACGUAAACAAGGAAAACUCCACUUUGGCAAAUUGUGACAUUCUGCGUGCACCAAUUAAUGGAGGGAUUAGUGAGAAAAAGAUGUUGCUGGGAGGCUGGGGUAAUGCCCCUGCAAUGCGGUGUUCCCAAAAGCACACACACACAGAUGUUGACCAUGGCACAAAAUGAGUAGAGAGGAAGAAACCUUUUUGGUGCGAUUCUUCUUUCUUUCUUUUU